UCUGUUGUCUCCUUCAAGAUGGCGGAUUCCUCUUCGGAUUCGGACGACGUCGGGGAAAAGUCUUUGCAAAAGGGCGAGAAAAGAAGGCAAGAAGAAAGCGAUGAAGAUUCUGACGAAGAUUCCUCAUCAGAAGUAAAUACGGAUGGCUCAGAUGAAAGCUUUGAUGAAAAUAUGGUGAGAGCAGACCAUUUCUAUUUCGCAGACGUCCUUCUAACCAAGUUUUUUUGAAGCACGUGCAAACUUACGUUUAUCGAGGAGAUGGAGGCUUGCGUCUCUGCCGAUCGAGGCUUGUGCGUAUAUUAAGAAAAUGCAAGUGAUACUUGUGUCAUUCCAUGGUAUACCACCAGGAAGCGUUGCAGAACUAUAACAAACCUCUUAGUAAAUCGUCUGUUUAAUAUGAAUUUCUACACAUUAAAGUACAAGCUACACAAAUGUAAGUCACAGUGCAUCCGAAUAAUCAAAGCUUUAGUCCCAAAGGAAAUAAAAUUUUGCCGGUGUUUUCUUCUAGCAAAGAAGUGUAUGCAUAGUGAAGUAUAGGGUCAUCAUGUUUUCCGUAAGGGUUGCACAUGUAAAUAAAAGCUGGCACAGAUCAAACUCUAAAUUUUGUAAUAAUACGAAAUCACUGGUGUUCUUCAUAUUAUUGGAAAGGAGAUUUUGGAAUAGCAAACAUUAUGGUAUAUUGUACCGAUUGAGUUUUCAGGAGAUUCCAGUUGAAUUUGAAGCAUUUCCUCCAAAUGAAGAAGAUUUCAGCGGAAUAAGGUGCCUGUUACAACAAGUGAGUCGAUGAUAAAACUUAGCUUGAGCGACUAAGGCCCAGUUCAGACAUCGUACUUAUGCUGUGCUGAACCUUAUUGCAAUUAUGUUUGACCAUAGCAUGGCGGAAAAACAACUCUGAUUCAGACGUUGUGUUAAUGUUGUGUGAAAUUCAGCUUUUACUGAAGCACCUUUAGUGCAUCCUCCCCAAUGGUAAUGCAAUCCCACCGAAGUGCAUUAAUUAAUUUAUAAAUUUUGCUUGGCAUGACAGGGGUACAAUGUCUGAAUCAGUGUUGUGCUAGAGUCAUGAAGCAGGGUAGAGCUUGUCGCACUUAACUGCUCUGUGGAACUUAAUGAAAAAGUUUAAUGCUUUUGUCAAACUUAAUUCCUGAAUUAAUUUAAUGCAGUUAAUACCACCCUUGAUUACUGUUACUGCAAAUGGAAGGAAAAUAACUGAUAAAUGCUAUCCAUGGUUGAAUGCCACCUUAGUUGGUGGAUUGCAGCAUCUACAGGUGGAUCAUAAUUGGAAAAUUUCCAGUAUUUCCUGUAUUUACAGCUAAAAUCAGUAAUCUACACCAUUCUUGUUGUAAAUAUGGUCUAUCAGACAUUUGUGCUUCUAUCUCAGCAAAAAGUCAGACACAGAUAGUGUAAAAAGGUUUUUGUUUUUCGUGUUAUUUACAAAUAAGUUGUAAGUUGUUAUUGGCAGUGACUAACAUUAUGACUAACUGUUGUAUCUAGAUGCUAAAAAAUUUGUGGCAGGGGCUGGCAUUUAAUUCAGCUAAUUUGGUUGGAUUUUGAAGGUUGCUUGCUUAAAAGCAUCUGUUAAAGCUUAUUUCCAUUGUAGUUGUAUCAACUAGCGCUUUUGUGGCUGACUUUCAUUUGUGGCUUUAUAAUCAACAGUUGUUCUUAAAAAGUACUUUGGAUCUAUCAAAACUCAGUGAUCUGAUCAUUUCUCAACCGGAAGUAACCACUCUGAUUAAGGUAGGUCAGGUAAUAAAGUAGUAAUAAUGUUGUCCAUCUUGUGAAAAUAAACUUAUCUUGUAAAACUUGUCGGUAUGAAAAAAUAAGCUCCCAUUCUGUUAAAUUAUAAUGGUCAAAAUUAUAAAAAUUAAUUGUUUCCUGAAAUCAGUGUUUCUAAGCUUAAGAAAAUGAACAAUUUCAUUAGGAUAGUGCAAAUAAUUUGCAUGCUAUUGCACAUUGAACAUUAGUCUCACAAACCUCUGAAUCAUCCUCAACUAAGAUGCCAUGGUUUUAAGGAAGGAGCAUGAAUCAUUUUUCAUUUCAUUGUCCCUCUGACUCCUAGGUUGUGAAUGAUGAUGAUCAAGAAAACAAUGGUGAAGCCAAAACUGAUAAUGAUGAUGAAUCAGAAGAUGGUGUUUUUGGACUGACAACUGUGAUUGACUUAAAAAAGCAUAAGGUUAAUGAGAGAGAGUUUUUUAAAAUUUUUUCAUUGAUUGUUUCACACUGAGAUCAAGAAAACUGUGCAAUGUCAUCUAUUACAGGUAUGAAAAGAUCUGUCUUCAAAAUGUUGUAGUUUAUAAAAUAUUCUAGGGCAGAAAAAUCCACAACUGCCUGUAGUUUGAUUUUCACCCUGUUCCCAUUAGAUGACCAUAUUCUUCAACAUGCAGGAAUAAUUUCAGAAAAAUAUUAAUAAGUGAAUAAUUUUUUUAAAAAAAAUUUCACUUGACAGUCUCAGGGCCUAAAUAAGAAAUGUAUGGCAGGCAAAAGGGGAUAAUUGAAGUCUAGAUUUUGGAAAUGAAAGGGUUAAUUUAUUUAAACCUGAAUGGUUUAUAUGCUUUGUGACUGAUUCUCAAUCAUGAGCUAUCAGUAGACAGAUGAAUAGAUGACAUCACCAGUACCAAUAUUUUGCUCUUUUUUUAUACCAAACAAAUAGAUUCCUUGUUAUUGUGGGUCUGUUCAGGAACAGAUUAUAAAAGAUCUCAAAAUGUGAUUUAAGGAGAAUCAGUGACAAACUCAGUUUGAGCCUUCUUUGCCACUUUUUGGUCAUAACACAUGUUGACAUCAUUUGUGAUCUAUUGCUGAUCAGAUACAUGAAUACAUGGAAUCAAUUUUUUAAUUUGACAACUUCCCAGACUGUCAAUUAAUCUAUUGCUCUGAUGAAGGGCUAAUGCUGGAAACGUCAGGCUUUUAACUCUUUACGGUGGCCAAUUUACAUUUUCAACUCAGUUGUUAACACUAAAUUACCUGCUAUACUCUCCCAGUGACACAGCAUCACAGUUUCUUUAGAAACUUACCCCCUUUAUCCAUUUGUCAAUUAUAUUGUUUGUAUUACUCAGGAAAGUGAUGUUGUAAAGCAACUUAAAAAACUAUUGACUGAUAAAUGCCAGGAGCUGGCUUCAAAAGAAGAUAAAACAGAAUUUACUGAGGUGAUGGAAGGACAACAUUCUGUAGGAUUUCUCAUCAGUGAACGUUUCAUCAAUAUUCCACCUCAGAUAGCAGUGCCUGUUUACAAAACGUUACGGUAUGAGUAAUCUCAAAUUGUGUCUUUGUUUUAAGUUGUACAUGGUGUAUAUGUUCAAGGGAAGUUUCUCAAAAUAGAUGAUUGUUUUUUUUUUAUCAAACUCAAACAGUGUUAGGUCAUAGAUCAUUAUUUUAAAAUUAUGGUUAUUGUACAAUAGUUGAGGUUAAAGUGUUUAGUGAGAGGGUUUUAUUGAAAAUAUGAGAAAUUAUUUUUCUUAAGAAUUACUAUGAAAACUAUAAUUGGUCAAGAGCAUAUAGUCAAUAUACAAUAAUGUGUGAAGUUGACAUGAUAUCUCAAUACCUGCAGUGGAUAAUGUAGUUUUUCAUGAAUGGGUUGAAGUCUGCCCAGUUUCCAAGCCCCUCAUCAGUGUGGUGUCCACAAAACUUUGCAAACUCAGAGAAAAGUGUCUUCAUUUGCAGGUUGUUUAUAAAAACGUACAACAAAACAAUCAGUGAAUUUGGUUUUCACACAAUGUCAUAAAUUAUUGGUGUUGGGGGGGGUAAAUUGGGGGGGUGGGGGUGGAGUGUGUUGAUUCUGUUUUUUAUUGAAAUGACAUUUAGUCUUUCCUUUUUCUUAUCAUUCUAAAUUGAAAGUUUUUCAUUUGUUAGAUCUGAACUGAAAAAGGUCCAUAAAAAGGUAUGCCAUUUAUUACCAACUAAGUCUGAUACAUUUGAAAGUUACCUUUUGCCAGUGAUUACACCUAUCUGCAAAGACAAGUACCCUCUAGUGCUCUGCUUGGACUGCUACAGGCAUUUUUUAAUUAUGGAAGGAAAUCUAAGCUUGAUUUUUAUAAACCUCAACAAUUUUAUCUCUAUCUGCCCACUGAUUUUAAUUUGGAUUGAGAAUGUAUUCUCUUUAACCCUGUGCAAUCCAGUAACCCAGAUGCUUUGAAGCUUGUCAAAAAUAAAGUGCUAUAUCUGGCAUAUCUUAGGAGGUGUAUAGAGAACAGUAUGGAGAAUAUGCAUGUAUACAGAUGUUAGAGUGUGGCAUAUUGGAGAAUUCUCAGGCCACUACGAAGAAUUCUCUGGCAAAUUUUUGCUGCAUUUUUUCCUUAGACAGAGGGAUAAUGCUUCUGUUAUGUUACAAUAUUCUUCUGCUUGUACAAUUUUGACAAAAAUGAUGUGUGUCAAUUUGAACUUUUAGAAAUUACUCUUGGUAGGGUGAAGAUGCUCCAAUCUCCUACUUUGUAAUGAUUUGCAAGACUUACAAAGACAAUGAGACCAAAAUGCAUAAAAAGUCUAAGAAGGUCAAGAUGCAAGAGUCAGGGAGUUCACUGAGUUUUAUUAAUGUGGAGGAUGAAGUGUUCCAAAGGGUAAAAAUGGAAUCUUAAAUUUAUUCCCUUAGAUUAGAUUGAUAGAGCGUAGUAUUUUUAACACUCCAGUAUUCCCCUCUCUCUAGUAGCAUAUUGAAUAUAAAUUCCCAUGCAUUUAUUGGAGGUUACAUGAAUGCUGGUGUAAUUGGGAUUUUAUGUGUAAGAAUGUUUUGGAAAUUUUUGCAUCAUGCAAGCUGUAGCUAAAAGAAAUUAAAACCACUUUCUUACCAUGAACAGCAACCAUGAAUCACAGAAUGCACAAGUCAGUUUGCAACUUUUUUUUAUCCCACUCUCAAUUUUAAAAAGUUGAUUUCAAAUGCUACCUUGUUUGUUUCUCGUUGCAUAUCACCUGAGACAUUUUUCCAAAAUUCCAAAUUGCCUGUUUCUGCUCUUUUAAUUGAUCAUUAUUUACCCUGUGGAAAUUGUGUUUCAUUCCUCAGCCCAGUUAUAAAUUUAGUCAUUGGUCAGUCAGGAGCAAGACGCUUUGUUGUAGAGGGCAUAUAGUCUAUCAUAUAAUAAGCAUCAAUCUGUAGUUUUUCUUGGUGCAGCAUGUUUGACAACAGUUUCCCUUGUGAAUGUGGUUUUCCUUGCAGGAAAGUCAAUUGUCCUUCAGUUAUGCAGCCAGUGCAGAUGUUGAUGAAACUCUUGUAGCUGGAAGAUGGGCUUCAAGUGAUUGUGAAUUAAAACCUUACCGAACUGUGCUAGUGCUUCCUGCUGAUAAGUUUGAUAAAGCACUCGAGGGAAUACACAAUAUGCUAACACAGUAG